GAUAGACUUGCUUCAUUUGGUUCGUUAAACUUGACCUUUGAAAUAGGAAUGGAGCAUAGUUGAUAUAGAAAAACACCCGUAUCAGGGGCGGAGAGGCUGCAUUCCAGGGAUCUCCUAACUUUGAUCCUAAAGAACUGAGGCAUGUUUUCCACCAUGGAGGAAACUGCAGGUGGCUUUCUGAGCCUGUUCAACGUGGAAUUCAGCAGAACUUCUGUGACACUCACCUUGCUCCUUGUUUUUCUUUGCCUUAUUUACUGGUAUUCAGUCUAUCCCUUCUCGGUCCUCUCUCGUCAUGGAAUCAAACAUCCAAAGCCAGUGCCGUUUUUUGGCAACAUUUUCAUGUUUCGUGAGGGUUUUUUCAAACCUCUCACUGAUAUCAUAAACACACACGGCAGAGUUUGUGGGUAUUAUUUGGGCCGGAGACCCGUGGUGGUGAUAGCAGAUCCCGAUAUGCUCAGACAAGUGAUGGUUAAAGACUUCAGCAACUUCACCAACAGAAUUAAAUUUCGCUUUGCCACCAAGCCCACGACAGAUUCUCUGCUCAUGUUGAGGAAUGAACAGUGGAAAAGAGUUCGGAGCAUCCUGACUCCAUCCUUUAGUGCUGCAAAGAUGAAAGAAAUGGCUCCCCUCAUCAACACAGCUGCUGAUGCACUGAUGAGCAACCUGAAUGUCCACGCCGAGUCAGGAGAGGCCUUCGACAUCCAUAGGUGUUUUGGCUGCUUCACUAUGGACGUUAUUGCCAGUGUUGCUUUUGGCACCCAGGUGGAUUCACAGAACAACCCAGACGACCCGUUUGUCCGCCACGCCCAGCUGUUUUUUUCCUUCUCCUUCUUCAGACCUCUCAUGUUAUUUUUAAUUGCUUUUCCUGUCAUCUUCUCCCCUCUUGCAAGAUUCCUCCCAAAUAAAAGGCGAGACCAAAUGAACGGUUUCUUUAUCAACAUCAUUCAGAGGAUCAUAAAGCAAAGAGAGGAGCAGCCUCCUCAUCAGAGGCGUCGAGAUUUCCUUCAGCUGAUGUUAGACGCUCGAACAGGCCAGGAUAUUGCCUCCUUGGAGCACUUUAACACAGAAAAACAGACGGAUGAGAACGAUCACAGGAGUCAGCAGACACAACCAUCAGCCUCGGAGCUGGAAAACAGCCAUCCUCGCCCAGAGGAGUCACCCGUGAAGCGGCCACAGAAAAAGAUGAUAACUGAGGAGGAGAUUGUGGGUCAGGCCUUCGUCUUCCUCUUGGCAGGUUAUGAAACCAGCAGCAACACGUUAGCCUUCACCUGCUACCUGCUGGCCCUCCAUCCUGAAUGUCAGCGCAAAGUCCAGGAGGAGGUGGAUGAAUUCUUCACAAGACAUGAAUCACCAGAUUACAUCAAUGUCCAGGAGCUGAAGUAUUUAGACAUGGUUGUAUCUGAAGCGCUGAGGCUUUACCCUCCCGGGUUCAGAUUUGCACGAGAAGUUGACCACGACUGUGUGGUGAAUGGUCAGUUCCUCCCUAAAGGGAUGACCGUGGAGAUCCCUGCUGGCUUCCUUCAUUACGACCCGGAGCACUGGUCCGAACCGGAGAAGUUCGUCCCGGAGAGGUUCACCCCUGAGGCAAAAGCUGAUCGACAUCCAUUCGUCUACCUGCCUUUUGGGGCCGGACCUCGUAACUGUGUGGGAAUGAGGCUCGCCCAGCUGGAGAUCCGAAUGGCUUUGGUCCAUUUGUUCCACAGAUUCAACAUCGUGGCCUGUUCUGAAACCAAGGUUCCUCUUGACCUGAAGUCUUCCAGCACUCUUGGACCCCAAAAUGGCAUUUUUGUGAAAAUCACCAGAAGAGAUGAUGGAGACGGACAAAUCUAGCCUUGCAAGCCAGACUAAAUAAAUGUAUUAUUUAGUCUGGCAGCGCUCCAUUGACGGCUCUCGGUUGAGGGGCGGGUUCUACCGUUGUCUUUCAAAUGAUCUCCGCAUGCUACUGGACAAUGAAUGUGACAUACUCUUGUUUCACUCUGUUGCAUCAUCCCACCCACCAGGCAUAUAGAGUGCCCUGAUUGGCCCACAAAGCGGAUAAAGCUCUGUGAUUUGUUCACUAAGCAGAUAGAGCACCAUGAUUGGCCCACCAUUAUGGACCAAUCGCAGCUCUUUAUGUGUUUGAAACCCCUCUAGAGAGCUGUGAUUGGCCAGCCAGAAUGCUGUUAGGGGCUGCAGAGGUUCCAGUGGAGCGUUCCUGGACCAAACUUUGCAAAGCAAGAAUUUGGUCUAGUUCACCAGGCUAGGACAAAUCAGCACUUUUGGAUGAUUUGAUCUCAUCUUUACGCCUCUGGAACAGCACAAGGCACUUAUGCAAACCGGCAUUUCACUCUUGUUUUUGGACUAAUUCACAAAUUUAACUGAAAGUUUCUGUUAUUCCAUCCAUCACAUUCAUAAUAAUAACAAUUAUGUUGCUGCUAAUUGAAUUUAUUUGUUUUGUUUCUUUUCUGGCUCUGAAAUGCUAAGAUUUCACCCAAAUUGCCUCGACAAUAUCUUAGUGGCGGCUUUAAUAAGUGCUUCUCUUUCUCUCCAGCAUUAAAUAUGCUCUGAAUUAUUAAUAAUAUUUUUCUAAGAACUUUAACAACACUUUCUGUUAAAAAAUUAUGUACUCAGAUGACCUAGGUGUGUUGUAAAGCACUUUUUGGAGCCUAGAUGGCGCCAGUCAGUAUCAUAGGAAAAGCAAACUCGGAUAUUUUUUGCAGCUGAAUUAAUUACUAUGAACCAUUCCAAUCAAAUGAAUGUUUAUCCUAGGAAAGACCUUUUAAAUUAACUUUCAAAGAUUUUAUUUGCAUGUUUGGUUUAUUGAGUUUUUUAAUAUCAAGAGGUUGCUAAAAAUGCAAAAGAAUUAGGAGAUAAUGUACAUAGAAAUUAUUCUUCUCUUCAGCUAUUCAUUGUUAGCAAAACAAAACCAGCACACUUUGAGGUUAUUUUACUGAUGAAGACGACGACAAAACAUAAAAUAUCUAUUUGCUAUAAUAGAGUCGUUUGAUUUCAUAUUAAGUUUAGAGAAAAUGUAAUAAUCCCUCACGGUGGGUAACAUGGGUUUUCUUUAUAAAUGACAUGAAUGAUUAAGAAAACAGACCCAUGCUUUUCCACAAGCGUGACACCAGAUGUGGACAUUACUCCGGUCUCUUCUCAGCGCUUCCUCGAGACAUUAAUGACCACUCGCACUUUAUUAAAAUAUCUCUUUUUUUGCAAAAGAAAGUUUUUUUUUCCUGUACUUGGGAUCAGUAGAAGUUGAUUGGGAAUGUUUUUAGCCAUGAAAGUGAUCUGCUGAUAAUAAGCUCAAAUGUUUAUGUUAAAUAAAAAAGCCCAACAGCAGGAAUCAGUGAUGAUGGAAAUAGGAAAUAUGUGAAAAUUAAUAAAUAAUGAUGUGAAACACUUGGGAAAUAAAGAGUUAAACUGAC